AUGAUGAUUUGGUUGACCCGUACUGAGCGGGACAGAGGAACUGUUUAUGAGCUGAUGUUUAAAGGCGACGGCCCACGGGACUUCACACAGGUCGUCCUCUUCAGGCCGUUUGGUCCCGUACUGAAGGUGAAGAGCGAGAGCGUGAACACGCGCAGCACGUUCAUCAACAUCAUUGUACCUCUGUCCAAGAGGCCAGAGGCUUUUAGGCAAUUCAUCAACAACUUCAGAGAAGUGUGCAUCCAGAAGGACAGCAGGGUUCAUCUGACUGUGGUCUACUUUGGUCGAGAUCAGAUAGAUCAGGUGAAGGCAGUCCUGGAUCAGACCACCAGAGAAACUCGGUUCAGGAGCUUCACUCUGAUCCAGCUGAAUGAGGAGUUUUCUCGUGGUCGAGGGUUGGAGGUGGGCGCCCGGGCGUGGAGACGCGGCCAGAACGCUCUGCUCUUUUUCUGUGAUGUUGACAUCCACUUCACCGCUGACUUCUUAACUUCUUGUCGUCUCAACGCAGAACCUGGUAAGAGAGUGUACUACCCAGUGCUCUUCAGCCAGUACAACCCGUCUAUUAUCUACAGUAAUCAGAGUCUUUUACCCCCAGUUCAAAAACAACUGGUGAUAAAAAAAGACACUGGAUUCUGGAGAGACUUUGGGUUUGGUAUGACAUGCCAGUACAGGUCUGAUUUCCUCAACAUAGGGGGUUUUGACCGCAGCAUCAAAGGCUGGGGGUUGGAGGACGUGCACCUGUACAGGAAGUACCUCCACAGUAAGCUAAUGGUGAUUCGCUCUCCAUCCCGGGGCCUUUUCCACCUGUGGCACGAGAAGGACUGUGCAGACGAGCUCCCUCCAGACAAAUACAAGAUGUGUAUGCAGACCAAAGCCAUAAACGAGGCCUCGCACGGCCAGCUCGGGGAGCUUUUAUUCAAACCAGAGAUCGAAGCUCAUUUGGGCAAGCAGAAAAACCAAGGAAUAUGAUAAGGACAAAGCGAAAGGGCUUUUGGUUAUUUUUGUUAUCUCUGUUUAGUGUGUUCUUGCUUCAUGAUAACAAUAAGUAUUCAACUUCAAACUAAAUAUUUUUACU